GAUCUGCACUAACACACCGAAUCAAACGCACCCUGAGGACCUGAGGAGAAGCCGGAGGCCCCGGUCAGUCUCUUUGGGAUCCAACACGUGGUCCGAGAGUCUGUGAGGGGACGACAGAAGACGCGAGGGCAGAGCGACGCUCCUCAGCAGCACAAACCAGAGCAUCCAGAGAGGAUCUGUCGAUUCGGCUCGUUUUCCUGUUUCCGGCACCAGAUCGCCUCAGCAUGACUCCUUCCACCAAUCUCAGCUCCAGUGGAGCCGGGGAGGAGAAGCUUUGCAUCGUCAACGACCACAUGGGACCCUUCACCGUCCUCUACAUCCUCAUCUUCAUCAUCAGCCUGCCUGGAAAUCUGGUGUCAGCGUGGGCCUUCAUUCGCAGCCCCAAAGCCAAGCAGCAGAGCGCCAGCAUCUACCUGGUUAACCUGCUGGUGGCCGACCUGCUGCUGCUGCUCGCGCUGCCCUUCAAGAUCAUCAAGGACCUCGGGGCGGCGCCGUGGGAACUCAUGGUGUUUCACUGCCAGGCCAGCGCCGUCACCAUCUACAUCAGCCUCUACGCAUCCAUCGCCUUCCUCGCCUUCAUCAUCACUGACCGCUACCUGCAGGAAUGCCACACUGUGCGCUCUCUGCGGCUGCAGGAGGUCGGCUUCGCCCGGCUGCUGUCGCUGGUCGUCUGGCUGCUGCUGCUGCUCAUCAUGGUGCCCAACAUGGCUCUGCCCAUCAAACAGAUCGAGGCGCGGUCCUACCUCAGCUGUUCCUCACUGAAGCAGGACAUCAGCCUGCACUGGCACGCCCUCACCGUCUUCCUCUGCACGGCUCUGUUUCUCAACGCCUCCGCCGCCGUGCUCAUCUCCAGCAGCCUGGUUGUCAAAAAGCUCCUGCGCAGCCGCAGUGACCCCAAACUCUGGGCCACCGCCAGGCGGGUGGCGGUUAGCGUGGCGGCCGUGGCAUCGGCCUACAUACUCAGCUUCGUGCCCUACCACGUCGUCCGCACCCCGUACACGCUCGCCCAGACCAAAGUCAUCAGGGACUGUGAAACCAAAAAGCAGCUGUUUCUGGGGAAGGAGUCCACGCUGCUGCUCAGCGUGCUCCAUCUGUGCUUCGACCCGCUCAUCUUCUUCUACCUCAGCGCCCCGUUCAGGCACACCAUCAGGAAGAUGCUCCCCUGCAGCAGAAACCAGGCCAUCAGUGCCGCAGAGGAAGAGGCGGUGGAGGAAAGGCUGCAGCCAGCAGCCUCUGCACAGCAGGAGGCCGCAUACUGAGUGCACACCUGGCACCUGACAGGGUCCAGGUGACUGGUAGUAUACGGAAACUGUUAGCCUGACUCUUCAUAGACUUCAUAGACUCUUCAAUAACUACAAACACGGACCAAAGACUCAACAGGA